AUGUCGUUCAAUCGUUUCGUCUUCGCUGCUGGUCUGUUGCUCGGUCAGGUCUCGGCCACCAGCUCUGUCGCCAGCUCCCAGCUGGCCAGCAGUCAAGUCCAUGUGCACACAGCCGACUGCCAGACACAUCUAGGUACUAGCUCGGUGAAGGCGGUUCCUACAACUACAAUCACUCGUACCUAUCAUGAUCCUUCUCCGGUUGUGAUCUUCACAACCACCCAGGAGACCCUCACCGUGACUCCUGCGGUGUCAACCGAGAUCAUCACCGACUAUGAAACCACAACAUUGACUUCCACUGCCAAUGCCAUCACUGAUACGUUCUCGACUACCUCGACUGAGUAUGAUACCGCAACUGUCACUUUGACGCCUGCUCCUAUCACUUCGACUGUCUUUAGCACCGCCUCUUCUACCAGCACUGUCACCUCGACUAUUGCCACCUCAGCCGGCUUCACUCCUAUCGUGGAUACUAUGGCUGCUCCUACUGUAUACAAGCGCACCUUGGAGCAACAGGAGGAGGAGCAAUGCUCUCCAUGGCUCGAUGAUUACGAGUAUCCCCAGAAUGUUGUCUGCCACGAGAAGAGAGUCAUCAAGACGACCACACUUUCGACUGUCACGGAAGCCCCUGCUACUGUCACCGCAGCCACUCCUUCUACCACUGUCACUGUGACCAACACUAUCACCAGUAACUCAGUGGUACUCCCUUCAGAUGUCUCCACCACCUUGAGCUACAGCACCACCUCCACCAUCACCGAAACAACCACCGCUGCUGCCGAGACUGAUACCGUCACUGCCACCACCUCCAUCCUUGCUGGUGUGACUACUACUGCUGCCUAUGCCGCAUGUGCUACCAACAACAUCGCCGGUAGCCCUCUCUCUUCCGACUUCGGCGCCUAUGCUGGAUACUACAUCUCCUCUCUCACUUUCACUCAUGUCACCGGUGAAUCUCUCAGUGUUGGCAACACUGCUAGUCCCUACGACUGCUGUGUUAGCUGCAUUGAGACCGCGAACUGCGCCAUGUCUUACUACUGGGCCAGUGGCACCGUGAAAUACUGCUACAAGAUCGCAACCACUGUUUGCUCGACCACUUCCACCUAUGGAACGGCCAAUCUCAUUUCUGGUUCCAGCGCUACUCAGCUCUCCAACGGAAACUGUGGAACUAUCAAGGCUUCGCUUUAA